AUGGUUUCAGUCACACCUGCAAAAAAGGCACUCAAAUCAAGCAAGCAAGACCUGCUUUUCACAAAAAUCAUGCUAACCAGAGUGGUCCUUUUUUAUUUUGUUUUUUUACAAAGGUGUUACAUUGAAGAUACACAGUAUAAAGUUGCAUGGCUAAACCGUUCCAGUGUUAUCUUCGCUGGCCACGAUAAGUGGACUCUUGACCCCCGUGUAGAAUUGGAAAAGAGAAGCCCCUUGGAGUACAGCCUCAGGAUUCAGAAAGUAGAUGUAUUUGAUGAAGGUUCCUACACGUGUUCUGUCCAAACACAGCUUCACCCUAAAACGUCACAGGUUCACCUCAUCGUUCAAGUGCCCCCACGGAUUUCCAACAUCACUUCAGACCUGACAGUGAAUGAAGGCAGUAACGUGACCCUGGUGUGCUUGGCCAGCGGUAGACCAGAGCCAGUCAUUACAUGGAGACAUCUCACUCCUACCGGCAGAGAUUUUGAUGGUGAAGAAGAGUAUCUGGAAAUUUUUGGAAUCACCCGGGAGCAAUCUGGAAAAUAUGAAUGCAAGGCUGCCAAUGAAGUUGCAUCUCCAGAUGUCAGACAAGUCAAAGUGACUGUAAAUUAUCCCCCACAAAUUACAGAAAUGAAGAGUGCAGAGGCACCUGUUGGACGCAGCGCACAUCUGCGAUGUGAAGUGUCAUCCAUGCCUAUUGCAGACUUUGAGUGGUACAAGGAUGAUGCCAGGAUAAGUAAUGGCCAAGGCAUUGAGAUCAAAAACGUUGGAAGUCACUCUAGUCUAAUAUUUGGCAAUGUCACAGAAGAGCAUUAUGGGAACUAUACAUGCGCAGCAACUAACAAACUUGGUGCAACAAAUGCCAGCUUAUUCCUAUACAAACGUGUUUUACCCACAAUCCCCAUCUCUCUACCAGAAGAAACAGACAGCACUGUGAUUUCCAAACAACAAGGACCAGGAACUGGAAUUCUUGGCAAUCGUUCAUCUUGCCUUACUCUACCACUGUGGCUGAUCUCAGCAUCCUUCCUCUGCCUGCUCUACAAAUGUUAAUCAAAUAGCACAUUUUAAUACUCACCAACACCACCCAUGUACACAGAACAGAGUCACACAGGCUAGUGUGGAGACUGUUUCUGCGGCUACUUUGUAUAUUAAGAUGCAAAAGAAAAUGGAAGAAGAGAAAAAUUAAAACAUUAAAACACAUCUUUUAGUAGGGAAAAAUGACAAAGUGGGUGAUGAGAAAAUACGUAAAAAAAAAAACUAAAUCAUUGCUGAUACAGUUCAAACAUUGUAAAAAAAAAAAAAGAAAAAAUCUUUCUUUUAUGCAAAGGUCUAGCUUUGGUGUUUAUGUAAUCCUUUCUGAUUGUCUUUGGACUGAGUGGUGAGAAAUUUAACCUCUUGUUUGCUGGUGUCCUGUGGACCUGAUGAACUCCAGUUAGUAAACGUGAGAAAAUAUGAUUUUAUAGAGCAUGCAAACACUCUGCAUUUGUAUAUGUAUAAUAACUGUAAAUAAUUCUUGAAAAAAAAAUAGCAGUCACACAGAUACACACAGCGUGCAGCUAGGGUGUACCACUUUGCCAUUAACUUGCUGGAUCACAUAUUGCAGGCUGUCUACAAGCUCUUUGAAAAUAUAUAUAUUUUUCUGUGGUAUGCUUCUUCUCAGAGUUAGUGAAAUGUAGUAUUUACUGUUCCUGGCUAAACUGAAAGAGUUCAAAAUUCUUUGGUUUCAGGGAACAGGAUGUUUAAAAACCUGUUUAUGAAACACAAAUUUUUUAGUCUACAUCUUGAAUCUCUGAUUUUAGUUCUGUGUAAACGGAUCAGUGAAGCAAGCUGUGUAAGAGAUUAGGUUUAUAGUGGGCAAUAUCCUUCUGGGGGCAGUCACAGAUGGGUAGAUAUUCUUUUUUUUCAAAUCCACUUCCCAGGUGAACUUUAGAAAUGACUCCUAAACAGACAUUGUUCUGUCUAGGUUAGGUAUGUAGAGAUGAUUUAGAGAGGCAGUGUUGUUAUGUCAUCCUAGCGGUUUCCUCACUUUACAAAACUGACAAAGUGUGCUAAGCAGUCAUCUCCUCUUUAUAUCUCCAUGGCCGCACUUCUCAUUAAACCUUUGUUAACAUUUCAGUACCUAAGGGUGGGAGGUUGGCAUAAUGGUUAAGGUGUUUACCUUGCAGACACAAGGUGCAGGGUUUGAUUCUCACAUAGGGUAAUUGGCUAGGCUUAAAAUGGCCCACAAGGGCAAUUACCCUAGUACUAAUCUAUGAACCUAUAGUGAUUUUAUGCCAUUCCUUUCAUGAGUGCCAUAUCAGUCAGUAACCCCUUAAAAGGCAAAUAUCCAAUUUCUUACUACUAUUGGUAUGAGUUAAUCUGGCAAGAGCACUUGUCUUCUUCAGACCUGUCUUCUUGUACUGGUAAUAAUCAUAACAAAGGCAGUUCUAACUCAAAGCUGUGUUAAUGCUUACCCACAUUAUUGAUCAGAAAGCUUUUCAGCAUUACAAUGACUGCUACAAUAAUCUUGGUUUAUAGAAGGUUCUGAAAUCUGUGCUGAACAAUACAAAAUAAGCACUGCGCUGAAUUAAAGCAUAUACAAUGACCGGUGCCCAGGCAUGUGGACUGUUGUUAUUUGUAUUUUCUACUCUUACCUUUGAGAAUAGGUAGGCAGAAGAGCCUAAGCUUUAACUUUAACCACUUGAUCCUCUAAGAUAUGAAAUAAGGACAGUAUAAUCGGCACUUGUACUUACAGAAAGGGUAGACGUAACAGGACAGCCACUUACACUAGCAUCUGUGUUGCACAUAAAGGUUUAUUCUCCCAAGAUAUAACAUAAUUAGAACAUUAUUUUCAGUUAGAGUCUUGCUCAGUUCUAGAGCUAGAUAAACUGCUAAAGUAGCCCUUGCAACCUUCUGCUGGUCACAAAAUGGACCAUCAUUUAUUUUGAAAUUCAUUUCCUCAUAGACAUGAAUUAUUGCCAAUAUUUGGUGCUCUAAGUGCCACAUUUAUCCUAAGCAUUAACAAUGAAAGUAAGGGUCAUGUUUUACAAUGCUGUAGCACUAAAAGAAGAGAGAAACACCUUUACAUUAAGUAUGGACCUCUAGUACUAGAUGUGUAUCAGUGGUAUCUAGGAUGCAAAACUUCUUGGCGUACUUCAUUGGGUUCACAUGGACAUCACUUUUCAUAAGGUAACGAGUACUUAAAGCUUACUGAUAUGUUUAUGAAAACUGCUUUUUUUUGUAUUCAUUAUAUACAUUAUUACUGGUGUCGAGAAAUUAAAGCAAGAACCCUACUUUAUUAUGUAUCCCUGGUGCAUCUGAGUGCUUAGAGCUUAUAGACUCUUGGAAUGACUCAGAUAGCCUGAUCAAUACCAUUGUUAAAAAUUGAUAAACUAAGUUAUGAACAUAUUGACAGAACAUUAUGUUAACUAUUACUCAUAUUCCUUUUAUGGCAUUUGAGACUGAUUGAAAAAAGAUUUCCUUUAAUGUUAAUUUCCUUUAAUAUUAAGCAAAACUUCAAAUAAAUCAUUCAAGUUACUAGGGAAACAGA